AAUACAAGGUCCUGACUUUCUCUGAAUAUCUCGGGCAACCGUGAGGCCAUGCUCAAAUCUGUCACUUAACUUGAUGGGUAACAUAAUUAGUUCAUUCUUUUCGGGGUUUGGUAAAGUCUUUGGCGACCUUUUCAACUCUCCACUCGAUUUCCUUGCUGGAAAAUCAUGCAGUUCAGAGUGUGGAUCAACAUGGGAUUUCAUCUGUUACAUCGAAAAUUUUUGCAUUGCCAAUCUGCUAAAGAUGGCCAUGGUACUGGUUCUGGUUUACAUAGUUCUCUUAUUCUUCUAUCUGUUAGAGAAAGUAGGCCUUUGCCAACGUAUCAUUCACAGCCUUUGCAAGAUAGUAUGGGCAUGCCUUUCUUCCUGUUUUCAUGCUUGGGAGUACUUUUGCAUUUUCUUGUGGGUAAAGCUUCAUAAGCUAAAAAGGGUCAACAGAACACACCUCGAAGAAGAGUUCGACACAAGCGAAGAAGAAUAUGAUGAUGGAAGUUUUUCAUAUCAUAUGUCUAGAUCCAUGGAUGUGAACAAGUCACCAUCUCGCCGAUGGAGGAGUCACAGAGAUGCUUACCUGAGGAAAUGUUUGCGGCCAAGGAGUCAUCGUAUACAAGUAGCUAUUGGUAGGGAUUCAAUUCAUGGUGGUAGAGGAAAUGCAAUUAAGCAUUGGAAAAAUGGUACUGCCAUCCAUGACAUUAGGGUGACCAGGACAUCAAAGUUUGCGCACAAGGGGAGAAAAUAUAGGAGAGGGGCUUAUCAUAUGAGUAGGUUGUGAAAAUAAAGGUGGUGAACA